AUGCCUCCUCGACCGGGCGCCAUGCGCAACCGAUGGACUGCCUACGCCGGCCUCAGCACCACUCUCGCUGCUGGUGUGAUACUCAAAGCACUGGCACAGAGACCGAACUUCUACAGUGCAGCCGUCUAUCUCUCUCAAUCCAGCGCCAACUUAAUGAUACUAUGCAACCUCGUCUUUGUAACCGCAUGUACGAUCGUCCUCUUCCUACAGAAACUCCUCUACGGACCUCUACGACCUAUCGAGGUUGAACAACUUUACGAGAAGGCCUGGUUUGCUGUAACAGAAACCUGUCUGGCUAUGACCAUUUUCCGCGGAGAGAUCGGAGCUUGGUUUCUGGUCAUGUUCUUCAGUCUUUUAGCUGGCAAGGUCUGGGGUUGGAUCGGUGAGGGAAGAGUUGAGGUAUUAGAGCAGCAACAGCACAAUGUUCUAGGGGGUCGCAAUGCAAGACUAUUUCAUACAAGACUGGCUAUGAGCUUGGCUUUGAGCGUCUGCUUCGACCUGAGCAUGCUGGAGUAUAUUGUCGGCCAGGUCCUCCAUAUGGCUAGACCCGAUAUGAUGGUCAUGUUUGGCUUCGAAUUUGCAGUUCUGAGCAUUUCCAGUCUCAGCACGGCCUUGAGAUACGCUCUCAACUUGGUCGAGAUUGGCAUUGUGAGGAAGCAAAAGCAAAAGAGAAUAAACACUAUACGCAAAGAGAGAAUUGCUGCCGCGAUACGAGAGGUCGACUCACAGCAGACCUCAUCACAAGAAGGAGUUAUAUCUACACCCACAGACGAACCUGAACUGACGCAACGACGUGCUCAGGCUGCUCAGGCCGCUGCAUCCCAACCUAUCGACGAAGCUGAUGUUGAGGUUGAAGGGUGGGAUGGCAAGGGUCGUUGGGUUUUCUAUCUCGAUUUAACCACGGACUUCUGCAAGCUGAUUGUCUACCUUUCUUUUUUCUUCAUUCUACUCAUCUUUUAUGGCUUACCUUUACACAUCAUGCGCGAUGUCUUCCUGACAUGCCGCUCCUUCUUCAAGCGAAUCGGCGACUUCCUACGAUACCGAACUGCCACGAGAGACAUGAACCAGCGAUAUCCCGAUGCCAACGAGGCAGAGAUUGGAAGAGAAGAUGUAUGCAUUAUAUGCAGAGAAGAGAUGAGGCCAUAUGUAUCCCCAGCUCAGGGUUCACCGGCAGAUCCAGUGGCUGAGCGCAUGCGUCCGAAAAAGCUACCUUGUGGCCACGUUUUGCAUUUCUCGUGCCUGCGCAGCUGGCUAGAAAGACAACAGAUAUGUCCAACUUGCAGAGCUACCGUUGUACCCACUACAACCCGUCCCGACACUGUUGGGGGCCAAGGCGCACCUGCACGUCCUCAGCAUCCACCUAAUGCUGGCAAUCUACGGCCAAGGGUCUUCCAACUUGGUCCUCUCAGGAUCGGCAUGGGUGUCGCGAGAGGUAAUAAUAUGUUCGAAGAUCUGCAGGACCAGCUGGUGAACCCAGCUCCAGCUCAAGGGCAGAAUCUAAAUCCACUUCAACAGUACGGUAUUGGUAUCAGAUGGGAAGGUAUGAGGAACAGAGCUCAGGGGCAACGCCGUCAUGCUCGAGGCUCCGUCGACGAUCAGCUGAAUGCGGCUGAGAGACAGAUACAACGAGAGCUCGAUAGCUUGCAGGCCUCAAUGGGCGAAUUGCAGUCUUUGCGACAAAUUCAGGCCCAGCUGGCUAGGAUAAGAAUGGCUCGUCAGACCGCCGCAGCCCAAAAUCUACAGCCCAUUGCCCAGACAGCGCCACAACCAUUUCCUCAAGUGCGAACAGCUCUGCCAACAAUUACCGCCCUUGCUCCAGCUCAGUACGCCAAUCUUCUACAGUCUGGUAGCGAUGAGCUGCCUCAAGGUUUGACCCUGCCAGAGGGUUGGACAAUGAUGCCUCUGCGUCCGAUCCAACCAGCGCAAAUGCCAGGACCUGCUGCUUUCCAGGGAUUUCCUCAGCCACAUCAAUUUGCAAAUAUGCAGCCUCAACAAUUUCCAGUGAAUGCUUUCGGGAUGAGCAACGUGCCACAAAACAACGUAAUAAAUCCAGAAGUGGGGAGCGAGGUCAGCACACAUAAUUCAGAGCAGACAUUGAACGCACUGCAACCGAAUAUACAACAGAGAGAGGCGCAGCAAGCAGUUGGUGAGGCGACACCUGCAACGGCCCCCACCACGUCAACUCCUCACAGUGAUGUGGCCGAUCCUGCACAGGGAGCUCCAAGUGUUCCUGCACCUAUCCAAGCAGAACCUGAGGUAGAUGCCUCGACAGUGCAACCUCCCGCUACCCAGCCUCGACAGGCUCCUGUUCAGAGCCAGCCGUCUCGUGAUAUACAGCCAACCCAGCCUCGGCCACAACCAAGCACAACACAACCUCCACAAUCUUCUCCUCGAUCUUCAACAACUAGCGCUCAAACUUCGCGUCCACGUCAACCUCCGAAUAGUACACCUACUGCUCCCUCGUCGUCUCUAUUGCCGACGAGUCUCCAGCAGCGAUUGAACCCAGUCGCAUCCAAUAGCAAUCGCACUAUCUCGCCACACCGCCCGACCAGAAGUAUUGGUUCUUCGUGGGGCUUUGCUGGUGCAGAAGGAGACAAUGAGAGCGAGUCAGAUACCACGACAGAGUCGGAAGACGAGGACGAGGACGAGGAAGACGAUAAAGUCGUGCUACCGCAGACAUUAGCCAGGGCUAAUGGGACGUCUUCAAGACCUUCCAACGAGCGACAGCAAGCUACGGGGAAGGCUAAGAAUGCCACGGUUGAGGAUUUGAGUGAUCCAGAUUAG